UUCAGUAAAUCUUCCUGUUCUGUUCUCCACUCUGUCUCUGGUGAAUUCUCUAACUCUCUCCCCACCUUACCUCUUGCUGACAUUGCAGUUCUUCUAUGUGACGACAACAACAACAAAAAAGUUUUUAAAAGCCUUUAAAAAGUGAGUCAGCUAUAAAUAACUGAUUUCUUAAGCCAUGUACAAAGAAAAGCCACAUGAGUAAGGGAAGGAGGGACCAGGGGAUGGACUCUUAGAUACUUCAUGAUCAGGGUAGAAAAAGAGGAAUCUGCAGGCAGCCCAGGAGGAGCAUCCAGAAUGUAAGGAAGGCCAGAGGAAAAGAUGGAGCAACAGCAGGAGGCCUUGAUUGAUCUCCCAGAUUAUGAACACACAGAAGAUGAAACCUUUGCUCCUUUUCCGCCUCCGGCUGAGAGAGAAAAUGGUGAAGAAACUGAACCAGAUAAAGAGUCAGGAAGAGGAGCACCUGUUCCUGUACCUCCAAAGAGAACAGUUAAAAGGAAUAUACCCAAACUGGAUGCUCAGAGAUUAAUUUCAGAGAGAGGACUGCCAGCAUUAAGGCAUGUGUUUGAUAAGGCAAAAUUCAAAGGUAAAGGACAUGAGGCUGAAGACUUGAAGACGCUAAUCAGACACAUGGAGCACUGGGCACAUAGGCUAUUCCCUAAACUGCAAUUUGAAGAUUUUAUUGACAGAGUUGAAUACCUAGGAAAUAAAAAGGAAAUUCAGACCUGUUUAAAACGAAUUCGACUUGAUCUUCCUAUUUUACAUGAAGAUUUUGUUAGCAAUAAUGAUGAAAUAGAGGAAAAUACUGGCCAUGAUGUAACAACUACUACUGAAUUAGAACCCUUUUUGACAAACUCAUUUCAAAGUGAGCAGUUUGCUUCCGAGUCAAGUAGAAGUCUAACAGAAGAGCAGCAACAAAGAAUUGAGAGAAAUAAACAACUGGCCUUGGAAAGAAGGCAGGCGAAGCUACUGAGUAAUAGCCAGUCCCUAGGAAAUGACUUGUUCACCAACACACCUACUGCACAGAAAGUUGAUGAGGUUAAUACAGAUGAGGAUCAACAGGAGGAAGAGGUUAAUACAGACUUACUCAUGAACACCCCUACUGCACAGGAAGUUGAAGAGGUUAACAUAGGUGAGGAGCAACAGGAAGAAGAGGUUAGUACAGGUGAGGACCAACAGGAGAAGUCAAAUGGAUUUAACAAAGACAUUCUAGACAAUCCACAUAAUGAUGCUAUUGCCAUUACUGCAAAUGAAGAGGAAUUAAAAUUAGAAGAAACACAACCAGACUAGUCCUUUUAAAGCGUACACUAUUAACUUUAUCCAGAAAUGUCACCGAGGUUAUAAGCCUGCACUAUAAGAGAAAGUCUAUUAACUUACUUGUCUCCAAGUUUGAGAUUACCAUGUAUUUUGUGUGCUUUGAGUGAAAAUCUUUAUGUAAUAAAAUUUUUGCAAAUUUCUUGUUUAAAAUUUGGUAUUAGCACU